CUAAAAUGGAAAAGACAGACAUCAAGGGUAUAGAGGGCAUCACAAGGAUAGGCCAGAGCACCCACUCCCGCUUCGCUAGGGAGAACCAUAACCGGCACAGAAGUGAAAGGAUGAUUGAUAGAUAUUUGGUUAAAUCUGAGAAGGAAGGGGCUAUGAAAUACCUUGACAAGCUCAAAUUUCUUAAAAAGAUCAACCAAAAAUUCACCGAGAAAGAAGCCAAAGAGCAUGAAGAUCUCAAGAAGCAGGAAGAAGAGAAGAAGCAGAAGGAGAAGGAAGAGCUUAGGGAGAAAUAUAAGGAACUUGACCAUUACAAAGCCCUUCUUCGUAUUAUGAAGUAUAUCAAUAAGAAAGGAAAAUAUUCCAAGUGACUAGGACUUCUUAAUGAGCUGCUCAAGAGGAACAUCGACUUCUUUUGUCAAAAUACACUGUUAAAUGUGAUCGAUUCACUUGUGAGAAAUGAAUCGAGGGCGGAAAAUGAAGAGGAUAGGCAGAUUUUACAAGAGCUUUAUUCUAUGUUUUGACAGUAUGCUUAUUUUGAGCAAGAGCAGUUCCAGCCAGAGCAGCUUAGGAUGCUGGAGAAUUAUAUUAUUCCUAUUCAUAUAGAGUCCCAGUUCUUUACAGACGACACAUAUCAAUUUAUAAAAGCAGCUAAAGCUCUUGAAAACGUCUUUGAAGAUCUUGAGGAUUACACUGAAGAGCAAGACAAGCAUCUAGAGACCUUCAAGGAUCCUGAUGAGGGGAGUACCUUGUUCAAACCAGCAGACACUGAAGAGAAGAAUGAGCUUGGUAUUAUCCAGAAUGACUGGAUUUAUGGUGAAAUAGUUACCAAAGAUACAGAUGGGUUCAGCUUCUACAAUCUCGAUGCCCUUGCUAGAAGGAAAUACUUCUUCAGUGCCCUCAAGGUGCUAUUCCCUUUGCAUAGGCAUGUCUGGGCAAAAGGAACUAUCAAGAGACUUCUUCAAAAGAUUUACAGGGAUAGCGACAAGAUCAGCGAUACUGAGAGACACGAAGUGAAUAAGAUGAUUGAAACUAUUGAAGAAAGAGAAAACGACACUAGUCGUAGAACUCAUAAAGAUUUCGAGUUCUUAGAUAAAAAGAUUAUGUCUAGUGUCGGAAAGACAGAUGAGCCAAUAAAAGACAUCCGUGGCAAUCGCCUUGUUGUUGAUGGAUUGGGAGCUUGGAAUUCAAGACAGACCAACAACUAG